AUUUACAAUAUUAAUAAAAUUUUAUUUUAAAAUAUAAUUUAAAUUUAUCUGUUAAAAAAAGUUUUAAAUUUUUUUACUGCACAUGGUACAGGAAGACACCUAGUUCAAUCUUGAAACAAGAACAAAACAAGAUAAGCUUUAAGUAUUUUUGGUCUAGUUUCUUGUUUUCUAUAAAACGGCAAAAAGGAAAGUGAUAAAUAAGAAUUAGUUUGAUAAAAAAAAAAAGCAAUAAGAAUUGGCGAAGACAAAAAGAAAGGAAAAUUUUGAUUUCAAUGGAAAAGGAAAUUACGAUGCAUGUCUUUGACUAUAAAAGGAAGACGUCCCCCAACUAACCAAGAGUAACAAAGAGCAAUACAAACAGAAAGAGAGAACUAGACAGAAGAGUUGCGAGUUUUGUGUCAGUUUCUAUCAAGCAACAAGUUCACAUUAGGUUUAAAUCAUGCCGAAGAACAAAGGAAAAGGAGGAAAGAACAUAAAGAGAGGGAAAAAAGAAGCAGAAGACGAUAAAAGAGAAAUCAUCUUCAAAGAAGACGGCCAAGAAUACGCUCUUGUUCUCCGUAUGUGCGGAAACGGACGGUGCGAAGCCAAGUGCAUAGACGGAGUCACGAGGAUGUGUCACAUCAGAGGUAAGCUGCACAAGAAGGUUUGGAUUAGCGCUGGUGACAUUAUUCUUGUCGGACUCAGGAUGGAUAUGGACAACGACACCAAAGCCGACGUUAUCCAUAAGUAUACUCUUGACGAAGCUCGAUUUCUCAAGGGUUGUGGUGAGAUUCCUCGUGAUGUUCGCCUAAGCGAAGGGAUUGCUGGUGGGUUUGAUGAUGAUAGUGAUCAUGAAGGUGGUGGUGUUGCUAAUGAUUACUUUGAGUUUGGUGAUGAUGAGAUUGAUAGGCUCUAAGUAAGCUUUCCAUGUAUCAUUAUUAUUUUAUGUUGAAAAUUGAAAUACUUAACUUUUUUUUUUGAUAACCGAGUGUCCUGGCCCCACCGUGGUGGUCCAGACUAGAGACCGAGUCCUUAGCGGGUUCAACACCCAGACAGUGGCCUUCGGUCUCGGGCGCCAGAGCAAGUCCGCAUGUGAAUUCCCUGGUGGCCAGUGGGAAUCGAACCCGGGUCCGUAUUGGGGCCGAAGCUCCCUCAAGACCACUAGGCUAACCCCGCUGGUUUAAUAUAUAUAACUUCCGGUCUAGUUAUUUGAAUAGUUUAUAAAUAUUUUCAUUCUUUAUUUGAAUAUUUUUCCUAGAUAUCGAUGUUUAGUUUGAAGAUUGAUUUAUUUGAGAGAAACAAAACCUGAGUUGUCGUAUACAACUCAUACUCUUUCCCAAUUUUUGCAAGCUCUAAAAUAAGAGCAUUGGAAUGCAACCAUUCGUGUGGUACGAUAUCUGAAAUGGAACCCAAGACAUGGAAUAUUACUUAAGGCAGGGCAACCUUUGACUUUGAAUGCUUGGUGUGAUGCGGACUGGGGAGAUGGUCCCAUCACACGGAGAUCCUCUUUUAUUCAGCUAGGUGGGUCACCGGUUUCUUGGAAAACAUUCAAACAAGACACAAUCUCUCGCUCGUUGACGGAGGCAGUAUACAAGGCAAUGUCGGAUACAGUUCAAGAGUUGAUUUGGUUGAAGAAUCUACUGACUAUAUUUGGCGUCUGCUUUGACAAACCAAUUACGGUUCAUUGUGCUAACAUUUCAACAAUUCAUAUAGAAACUAAUCUCAUUUUCCAUGAAAGGACGAAGCAUGUUGGAAUUAAUUAUCAUUUCAUAAGCGAUAAGAUCGUAAGAGUAAGAGGUUUUGUUACAACAAAACAUGUUUCGACAAAAAUACAACUUUUUGAUAUUUUGACAAAGGCACUGGGUAAGAAAGUGUUUACAGCAUUUCUUAUCAAGUUGGGAGUUUUCUAACUUGAGGGAAGGUAUAUGUACAUAUCUACAUUAGUUAUGGUUGGAUAUGAUCGUAUAUUUUGUGUAUCUACGUUUUAGGAUAGAAAUAUUUGUAAAAAUAUAAGGUCUUGAACCUAAGAAUCAAUCAGAAAACACUUUCCAUAUACUCUGUUUUCUGACAAAACAUUUCCAAUUUUUACUAGUUAAUUAAUGAUUCUUAAUUAAUAAGAAAAUCUAGACUUUCCAAAAUUCUCGUACUUAUCCACAAAAAUAUAAAUCAACAAUGCAUGUAUAUAUAAAUGUAUAACUGAUUGGUAUGUUAAAAGAAGAAGAGAAGAAAACAUAGAAAGACUGAAAAUUUUGGUGAACGAAGAAAAAUAAGAAAAUGGAUACAGGUUUCAUCCUAACCAUCGUCUUUGUGGCGCUCAUCAUCAUCUCGGCUCUUGUAGCUUGCUUGUUUUGCGCCCCACGACUUAUCAAACGGUUUGCGAGCGAUGCAUAGUUAUUAUUUUGUUACCAAUUAAUUAUGUCAUUUUUGUUAGUUUUCAAUUAAGUUUUGUUUCGCUUAAUGAUAUUGUAACUCUAUAAUAUUUGCAUAAUUGAAUUAUGGUUUUAUUAUGUUGCAGUGUUACAUACUACUAGUACUAUAUCUAUUAUCAAUUUAUCAUCAACCUAACUUUUGAGAAAUUGCAAAACCAGUUUUAACUUUU